GCAGCCUGGGAUAGUGGGAGGUGCCCCUACCCACGGCAUGGAACGGAUUUUAAGGUCCUUUUCCACCCAAACCAUUUCGCGAUUCCAUGAAAAUAAAGAAGGGCCGAUCCAGGGAGCAGGCAGCUUUCACCUGCAUUCGUGAGCUCCAGGCGCCCUCUGCUCCUCACGCUGGGGUUGAAAGCAGCAACGAAAGAAAUCCUGUGCCAGCCUGACCCUAAAGCUGUGCCAGGGCCCUGAGCCUCCCUCUGCUCUUAAACCCGCCUUGAACGGGAACUUUCAUUUCCUUCUGCUUUAAAACCUCUCUCAGCUGCAGUCUGUGGGGUCCUGGGCAUCCCAGUGCAAUCAGGGGCUGUGGCUGCGCUGGUGGCGCUGUCCCUUGUCGCUAUCACUGCCCCGCGUCGUCCUCCUCGGAAUAUUUCUGCCUCGGAACGUUUCUCUUCAGUUGCGGUUUCCGCCCGGCGUGUGGGAACAGCGGGAAAAUGGCGGCGCCCAUGAGCCGGGGGAGGCGCGGCCCCGAGCCCGGCGCGGCUCCCUACGGGAACUUCCCGAAUUAUUCCCGGUUCCACCCGCCCGAGGGGCGCGUCAGCCUCCUGCCCCAAGGGCUCCUGUGCAGCCUCUUCCCCGCGGCCACCCGCCCGCUUCUCGGGCUCGAUGUGGGCUGCAAUUCUGGGGAGCUGAGUGUGGCUCUGUACCAGCACCUCCUGGGGCUCCAGGACAGCAAUUCCAGCCCGGAGCCAGCGGGAGCCAGGAAGGAGCUGAAGCUGCUGUGCUGUGACAUUGAUCCCGAGCUGAUCCAGAAGGCCCAGCAGAGCAGCCCCUUCCCUGCUUCCAUCUCCUUCGCCAACCUGGACUUCAUGGAUUCCGGGGCCAGGGAGCCGUUCCUGAGCUCCUACCUGGAGCGCUUUGGCCGCUCCUCCUUUGACAUUGGCUUCUGCAUGUCUGUGACCAUGUGGAUCCACCUGAACCACGGGGACAGGGGCCUGCUGGAAUUCCUGGCCCUGCUGGCCUCCCUGUGCACGUUCCUGCUGGUGGAGCCGCAGCCCUGGAGGUGUUACCGGGCGGCCGCGCGCCGGCUCCGGAGGCUGGGCCGGGACGACUUCGAGCACUUCCGAUCCCUGCAGAUCAACGGGAACAUGGCCGAGAGCAUCACCCGCAUCCUGACGCAGGAAUGUGCCAUGGAGCUCGUCUGCUGCUUCGGGAGCACCAGCUGGGACAGGAGCCUCCUGCUCUUCAAAUCCACCAGUGCCCAUCCUGAGGGCUCCGACUGAGGAACUUGCACAUCCAUGGAUUCGUGGGCAAGGAGGCAGAUCUGGGAAUUCCUAAAUCUCUGUUAGGACCAAGCCUUGACUUCCCACGGAAAUUCAAGGCAAGGAAUGUCUGUGACUGAUCUUUUGGGACAGUUUUAACUGGCUUUGUGGGGUGUGAGGUUGUUCAAGGAAGUGCUCCUGGAAUCCAAGUUCCUACAUGUGCUUUUCAUGUGUAUCAAGAAUAUUCCCUGGAAUAACAGGGAAUAUGCCCAAGGAAAUAUAGAAUGUCCUGAUUGAAGUGGCUUCACAAGGAUCCUCGAGUCCAGCCCCUGGCCCUGCACAGGAUAUCCCAAAAAACCCCCACUAAUCCCAAAAUCCUGAUGCCCAAGUUGUCCAGACAUUCCCAGACCUCCAGAAUCGUAGAA